AUGGUUCGUCUAACAGUUGAGUUAAUUAACGACUCUCUUCAAUAUCUUAAUACAGUUCGUGAUCGAGAGUUAAGUUUACGAGCUUGCAAAAUUCCAGUGCUAGAAAAUCUUGGCGUUACGAAGGAUCAAUUCGAUACGAUUGAUUUAACAGAUAAUGAUAUCAAAAAGCUGGAGAAUAUACCUCUAUUGAGACGACUUAGCACUCUUCUGAUGCAUAAUAAUCGCGUACAACAUAUAAUGCCGAACAUUGGCGAAGUACUCCCAUCACUGAAGACUCUGGCGUUGACGAAUAAUAAUUUAUGUGAGUUAGGUGAUAUUGAUCCUCUAGCCACCUGCUCAAAAUUGGAGUAUCUGACACUAAUUGGGAACCCAAUAACUCACAAACCACAGUAUCGUCUUUACGUAAUAUACAGGGUACCAUCAGUGCGUGUCCUCGAUUUUAAACGAGUUCGUCUUGCAGAAAGGAAACAAGCAAAUAAUUUGUUCAAGGGUAAAAAGGGUCAGAAAUUCAGGGAAGAAGUUGUAAAGAAAUCGAAAACUAUUCCUGAUGAUGAAGACGGACAACCGAGAAAUUUGCAUGUGGAGGAUGCUAAGAAAAUUGAGGAAGCGAUUGCAUCAGCUUCGAGCCUUGUUGAAGUGGAGCGAUUGCAAGCAAUUUUACAAAGUGGACGAAUUCCGGAAAGUGGUUGGAAUCGUGAAAGUAUUGGUAAUAUAACAGAAAAUGCUGAAAAAGACACGAAAGAAAGUAAUGGAUUUGUUGCUGAACAAGAAGAUGACGAUGAUGAUGUUCGUUCACCAAUAGCAAAUCCUGCUGAUGAUGAUGUUAACGAUGAUGUACAAUCUCCAGUAGCAAGUCCACCACAUGAAGAAGAGCUAGAUAAUGGGCAAAUGGAGUAA